AUGCACUAACACGAUUAGAAUCAAGGUUCUUUAUUCUUAUAAAUUUAAGCUAACAUUAAUUUCAAUUUGCAAUACACGUUAGAAGAUGAACAUUAUUACUAAUUACCAAAGUUGAUUGUUGGAAAUUUUAAAGGUAAAAGAACUCACAAUAAUGUAAACAUUGUUUUAUCCUUUUAGUAUAAGCAGGAUAUAUAGAAGUUAGAUGAUGAUUUAAAGGAUAUUGCAGAGACAACUGUUCUUAAACUUAAAGACUAUGCUAAAGUUUGGGAUGUUGACUCUUAUGAUCAAUAAUAAAGAUAUUACUUCAACAUUCCACCAACAAGUUUCUUACAUAAAAUCAAAGAAUUUGAAUUACCUAAAAACUUUUAAGCUUAUGAAUAUAAUGCUGUAGCGAAAUUAUCGGAAAAACAAAUUCAAUAAAUGAAGGAAACUGGAACUUUUGAAGUUCCCUCGAGAUAAUUUCCAAUUCCAUAUGUUUGGUAGAUUUCAUCUUGGGUAAUUAAAGGUACAGAAUUAGAUUUUAUCAAAGGAAUUUAAAACAUUGAAACUUCAAAAUAUUUGGAUCUUGCUAGAGCAUAUAAAGCAUACAGAACUUGGCUAGCCUAUAUUGCUUAGGAUAGAGAUGAUCUUGGAAGAAAUAUAUCACUUCGAUCCGCUAUAUAUAAUAUAGGCAUUAGACCAUUAGUGAUAUUUUCUAUAUUUUUUGGAUUUAAAGAGAUGUAUUCUUACGUAGAUGAACAAAAAUUAUUAGCUCUGAUUGAAACAUAAAGAUAGUUUGAAUUGAAGUAAUUACAGAAUGUCAAUGUUGAAUUAUAUAAAUAUUUAAAACUGAACCCUUAUGAUAAGGAAAAUUUACUAGCCAAAUAAAAAUAUGAAGACUUAUAAUAAUGUUAAAACGAAUUUGAAAUUGAAAGAAAUGGAAUCAGGUUGCAAAUGCAAAGCAUAUAUGAUAUUCAAAUAGAAAAGAAAACUUUACUACAAGCUGAAGAUGAAGAGAUUGUGGAGUAACACUAAUAUUUACAAGAAUAAAUAAAUUAAUUGUAAUGCGAUUUUGUGAAAAAAUAUAAUCUAUAUAUAGAUAAGAAUAUUGACAUAACAAUCUAGAUUGAAUAAGCAGCAUAUUCAGCUCAAAAAUAGUUUUGGGAAAAAACAAAAUAUCCUAAACCUAUUGUCUAUUAACUUAUUUCCUUAGGAGAUUGCUUAAGACUUUACGAUUAUCAUUAUGAAAUUUAUUAGACAAAAUGUAAUACAGCAAUAAAAACCUUUAAGGAAUAGAUAAAACAAAAACAUAAAAUAAAAUCCAAUUUCCCAAAAUUUGUAGAGGAAGAAACUCGAAAAUUCAAGAAGGAUGUGAAAAAAUAACUCAAAUAAUAAUUUGUGUCAAAUUUUAUAGCAGAUAUGAAAUAAUUAAAUUUGUCUGAAUAAUAGGUUUAUGAGUAAUUUUAAUAAUGCAAAAAAUAGAUGAGGGAAAAUUUUAAGCAAAUGAGAAGUCAAAAGAAAAUAGAAAAUAAAGAGCCUUCGAUUAAAAUUGUUGUCUAAAAACGAUUAUUUCCUCCAUAUGAAGUUUAUUAAGAAAGAGAUAGAUAUUAUUUGAGAAGAUUUAAAGAUUACCAUAUUGAUUCUUCCAAAGCUGGCUGGAAGCUUAAAUUAAUAGGGAUAAGAUAUUAUGUUUGGACAGUUAACAUUAUAUUUUGGUUAAGUGCAAAUGCUGUUUCUGGGCCUAUCGGAAUUAAGGCUUUGAUAAAAUCGGAAAAAUUUAAACCAGAUGUUGUAAUAGAUUCAACAACAGGUAAAGUCAAGCCUUCAAAUUUUACUGUUACACCCUUGAUAGUAAAGUUUUUUUCUGUAUUAGAAGGAAUGAGAAACUCCAGAUGUCACUUUGAAGGUAGUCCUGAUACUGGUUUGUUUGGAAAAAAUUUAUAUAGGGUUUUUAACUUAAUAGAAGUCUAUAUAUUUAGAUUUUUAUUAGUUGGCGUUAUUGGAGUUAUAAUUAUUUUACCAACUAUUAUUAUAUCUAAUGUGGUAAUAUCUACUUUAUUGGCAUUAACUGCUUGGCUUUGGAUACCUAUAACCAUAAUUAUUAGAAUCCUGUUUAAUUCAUUAAUUUACGAUACAGAUGUAUGUCGAAGAAGAGAAAAAGAUAUUAUUUGGAGAUCUCCAAAUUGGUUUCCAUUAAUCAUCAAUAUUUUUGAUUUUUUAAUUUUAGGAAUUUUAAACACAAUUUAUUGCUUAUUUAAAUUGCUAAUAUGGCAUCCCUUUUGGAUAACAUUUAUGGCCGCAUUUGCUUAUCUUAGAUUUUACACAAGAUCGCUCUAUGAUUCAUUUACUAUUAUUAUUAUCAAACUAAUGGGUAGAGUUCCAUCCUCAGAAAACAACAUAGCUUGGAAAAUCUCUGGGCCUGGAUUAUCAAGAUAAUAUUUUUACGGAAUCUAAUUACCUUAAGUAUUGAUUUUAGUUCAAGCAGAGUUAGAGAAAAAGAUGCUAAAUCUCUACAAACAAAAUUUAAUAAAUCUAAUCAACAGACCAUCAUAAGAUCUAAGGUAAAAAAUUAACCCUUUUUUCUAAUUAUUUAAUGCAUAAUUUUCUUUUGAUGAUCCAGCUUGCGGAUAUUUGACCAAUUAAUUAAAUAAAUAAAUAGAGGAAAGAUUAAGCCUAUUUCCAAAGCUGAAUCAUUAAAUUAGGUUUUCUGAAGAUGAAUUAAAGUACAUUUUAAAAUAGGUUAAAUCUUUUGUUGAAAAAGAUAUGAAAUCUUACAUUUGGGAUUCUUAUCAGGUUUAGAAAGGGGACUAUAAUUUAUUAAGUGAAAAGAUUAUGGCUGCAAUAUUUGGUUCUGCUGUUCUUGAUCCAUUCGAAGAUUUAGAAAUGAGAUUUUAGCUCAAUAUUUCUUAAAACUUUGAUUUUAUUAGUAAAGUUGAUAAAGCUUUAGACGGGAACAUAUUAUUUCAGCUACCAACUGAUUAUACAAUCUAACCUAAAAAAUUAGGAGAGAAUAAUGUUAUUUAAAAAAAAUUUAUUUCUUAUUAGCAAGUCUUACAAAAUGUAUGGAAUUGGCAAAGUUUAAAGUAAAGUUAAAGUUCUUUAAAUUCCAAAAGAAAUAGAUGUUUAAUAAAUUAUAGUAUAGAUCCAAAAUAGUGA